AUGAGACGUGAGAUGAGACAAUCCAUAAAAUGCAGAUUUGCACGUGAGGGGUUAGAGGUGCGAGCUAUGCCGGCACAGGCAUCCCGGCAAGAUGAGCCUCUAGUAGGUUGUCGAUACGACAAUAUGAACCGUGGUUCUACUUAUGUGGUGAACGUCGCAUGCCGACAAGUAAUUGAAAGGGAGAAUGAAGCUGACAGGGGUGCCGAGGUCCUCACGAUCCAAUCAUGCGCAUCUAUUAUCAUCAGAGCUGUCGACAGCAGUAUCGAAGAGGAGACUUCAGCACUGCCCCCGAUUCCCGACCCUUAAACCAUGGAGAGAAUAGUUGGCAUUGCGGAGCCUGACUACGCGUUUAACCUACCCUUAAAAGGAACCUGGAG